AGUCUUUUUCGUUUUCAAUCGAGACGCACAGAUGCGAAUCACAUCAGAAAAUGUCGGAUCGCUCCAGCUCGCCAAGCGAUUUCGAGACAACUCUGGGCGUGUGAAUUCGCUUUGCCUGGCACCCAGCGGAGAGCUCUGCGUGACGAGCAGCGACGACGACAGCAUCCACAUUUACGACUGCGUGCAGGGAAAAGUCAAGUCCAAGCUGUACAGCAAAAAGUACGGGUGCGACCUCAUCCACUUUGCACACGGCGCCAAGUCGGUCUUGCAUGCGUCCAACAAGGUUGAUAACACCAUCCGAUAUCUGUCAUUGCAUGACAACAAGUAUUUGCGGUAUUUCAUUGGUCAUACUCAAAGAGUCGUCUCGCUCGCUACCUCGCCAUCAGAAGAUCUGUUUAUGACUGGUUCCUACGACGGCACAGCUCGGUUGUGGGAUUUGCGAUCGAACAACACACAGGGCCUUCUACAUACAUCCGGCGCACCUAUCGUAUCGUUUGACCCUGAGGGUGUCUUGUUUGCUGCAGGCAUCGAGUCGUCAAUGAUCAAGCUCUACGAUUUGCGCACUUUCGAUCGUGGACCAUUCAGCACGUUCAACAUUCAGCACCACGGCGAAUGGAUUGACAUCCAGUUUAGCAAUGACGGCAAGCUGUUGCUUGUUUCGACGCGGCCUGGAUCGCUCUUGUUAGUCGAUGCCUACACUGGCGAUCUCAAGUCUGUGCUUGCCAACACUGGAAAUGGUGCGGCUCUUCUCAAGGGCUGCUUUUCCCCCGAUGGCCAGUUUGUAUUUUGUGGCGGCAUCGAUGGUUGUGUGUCGAUCUGGUCGAGCUCCACGGGACGCCUCCUGACACGACUCCAAGGACACACAGGCCCCGUUGAGUGCGUGGUCUUCAACCCCAAGUUAUUCUCUCUGGCCAGCGCAAGCAGCGAAGUGGGUCUCUGGCUUCCCGACGAUUCUGACAAGUAAUCAAGUGUUCCGGAGCUCGGCUUCAAUUCUGUCGUAGUCCGUUGGCUUGGAUUUCCACACAGCGAACUCGCCUCAAGUGAUUGGAUUGUCUGCGUAUUGGCUGACACUUGAAUAUGUCUCUUCAAUAAUCAAUGCGCUUUUUUGGGUGA